UUACACAAAUUUAAUUGCUAAAUAACCUACAGAAAACUAGUCUCUAAUUGUGCAGUUAAAUAUAGUUGAAUAUUAACCUAACCAUUAUAUAUUUUUUAUUAACAAUCUAUAAUAUUAAUACCAAAUUCAUAUUAAUACCAAAUUCAUAUUAAUACUAAAUAAUAUAUAAUAAUAAAAAAAAAUAAUCACAUUAUUGAAUUAAAGGUCAACACAAAUAUUUGUAAAAUAUUUGCAUUCUCACUUUCUUUUAUAUAACUUCAAGUGAUUAAUGAUGGAAGGAAAACAAACGUGUGAAGAAUUGAAAUUAUCUGUACCAUGGGGACAUAUAGCUGCUAAAGCAUGGGGUCUGUCAACUGAUAGAAGAAUUCUAGCAGUACAUGGAACUUCAGAUAAUGCUGGUACCUUUACCAGAAUUAUUAAGUAUCUUCCAAAAAAUUGUUAUAUUGUAUGUAUAGAUUUACCAGGACAUGGAUUUUCAUCACACUUUACUUCAGGAAUACCACUUAAUUAUUUUAGUUAUGUACUUUCUAUAUAUCAUGUAUUAAAUGCAUUAAAAUGGGAUACUUGUAUUUAUAUGGGCCAUAGUUUUGGUGGUCACAUUGGUACAAUGUUUUCUAUUCUUUAUCCCAAAAUGAUUGAAAAAUUAAUAUUAUUGGAUUCUUUAAUAUCGCCUCCGACAUCAAAUAAAGAACUUGUAUCUCGCUUACGAGAACUUUGUGAUAUUACUAUUAAAGCUAACACAAAUAAAACUCCUCGGUUAUAUACUAAAGAAGAAGUAUUAUAUGCUUUAAGAUGUAAAAGAAUUUCAGCAUUAAAUUCAAAAGCUGCAGAAGCAUUGUACGAGAGAGCUGUAACAAAAGUUAAUGGUCUAUAUAAAUAUAAUCGUGAUGUUAGAUUAAAUGUAUUUGUAGUACCUUACUUUAGUAUGAAUCAAUCACUAACGUGUCUUAAAGAAAUUUCAAUUCCAUGUAUAAUUAUUUUAUCAGAUUCUCAAAUAGAAUUAUUCAAAGAUAUGUCAUAUAUGUUAAAACAAAUACUAAACAAUUAUAAUAUCUCUAUUACUUAUGUAAUUGGGAAUCAUGAUGUCCAUAAUAAUUAUCCAGAAAGAGUAGCAUCAUAUAUAUGUAAUUUCUUGGAUAGUAAUAUUAAAAGCAAACUUUAACAGAUAAUAUAUUAAGAACUAAUUUUAAAUAAAUAAAAUUGUACUUAUGGAAAGCUGAUAUAUUUGAUAAUCGAUGUUGAUAAAAUUUGGAAUAGAUGCAAAUUUAUAUAUAUUAUUUAUUAAAUUAUGGGAAUUAGGGAAAA